UUAAAAACUAAUGUGUAUGAUAUUUUAUGUGACUUCCUUAUUCUGAACAAACUCAAGCAGCACUCAAGUCUCAGUGGACACAUCUUCUGUCAGGCUCAUGAAAUGGAUUCAAUCAAUGAAAAUACUGAUUUCGUACUUUCAAAAGUUUCUUCAGAUGAAAAAUGCUCUCAAUUCAAAGGUCAUUUCACUGAAGAACUGGAAAGCGAGAGGAAAGUCAGUCCCUCUAAGUGGACUAAAGCUCUUCUGAUUUUUCUGGGUUUGACGCUCAUUUUUGCUCUCGGGGGUCUCUGCACUCUCUGGAUCCUUUAUAAUAAUAAGCAUGCCGAUUUCGAAUCACUGAAAGAGCAGCACAUAAUGGUUUCAAAACAACUUGCAGCUCAAAUGAUCAACAGCACAGUUAUGAUAAGAGAACAAGAUGAACUUAGAACCAAUUACACCGAACAGCUUCAACUUCAUGAUGUUAUGAUAAGAGAACAAGAUGAACUCAGAACCAACUACACCAGAGUUAAAGAACAGCUUCAACUUCUUGAUGUUAUGAAAAGAGAACAAGAUGAACUUAGAACCAACUACACCAGAGUUAAAGAACAGCUUCAACUUCAUGAUGUUCUUCAAAAAGUUAUGAAAAGAGAACAAGAUGAACUUAGAACCAACUACACCAGAGUUAAAGAACAGCUUCAACUUCAUGAGGUUAUGAAAAGAGAACAAGAUGAACUUAGAACCAACUACACCAGAGUUAAAGAACAGCUUCAACUUCAUGAUGAUCUGAAGAGGAUGCAGCAGUAUGCAGUGGAUGUGACUCUGGAUCCUGAUACAGCUCAUCCUACUCUCAUCCUGUCUGAUGAUGGAAAACAAGUGAGACAUGGAGACAUUAGACAGAAACUCCCAGACAAACCAGAGAGAUUUAAUUACACUGUAAGUGUCCUGGGAAAGGAGGGAUUCUCCUCAGGGAAAUUUUAUUUUGAGGUGCAGGUGAAGGGAAAGACUGAAUGGAGUUUAGGAGUGGCCAGAGAAUCCAUUAACAGGAAGGGACAGAUCAUACUGACUCCCAGUAGAGGAUUCUGGACUGUGUGGCUGAGGAAUGAAAAUGAAUAUAAAGCUCUCUCUGAUCCCUCUGUCUCUCUGUCUCUGAGCGUGAAGCCGCAGCGGGUCGGUGUGUUUGUGGAUUAUGAGGAGGGUCUGGUCUCCUUUUAUGAUGUGAAGUCCAGCUCUCAUAUCUACUCUUUCACUGGUCAGUCUUUCACUGGGAAACUCUAUCCAUAUUUUAGCCCAUCCUUAAACAAUGGAGGUAAAAACUCAGCUCCAUUGAUCAUCACACCUGUCUAAAACAACAAAUGAAUUUACUGUAUACCUAAUAUGAAAUACACAAUAAUAAAUACACAAUAAUUUUGAAAUAAUGAAUAUAAUUAAAAAACAUGUUUUGCUAUUUUUUUCAUAACUUCUUUUUCAUUGUCAAAGUCUAUAAUUUCUAGCUAUAAUUGCAAUUUGUAAACUAAAAAUAUGAUUUUUUUUUUUUUUUUUUUUUUUUUUUUUUUUUAAUUGCUAACAUACUUUUGUCCAAACUUUAGUCACAUUUAAAACUCUAAACACUUUUAGCAGAACAUCCAGGGCCGGCGCGUGCCUAUAGGCGAACUAGGCAGCCACCUAGGGCGGCAGCACAGUAAGGGCGGCAAGAAAGAGAGGGACUUAGUUUUUUUUUUUUUUAAUGGAAGUAAUUUAUUUUUUGGACAUUUGUUUGGAAUUAUUUCACUUAUAUCAUAAAGUUAUCACCCAAUUAGUUAUUCUAAAUCUAAAUUAACUUAACUUCCUUCUGCUAAGUAACAAGAGCGGGAUAUGGGUCUACAAUGUAGCCAAUCACAUACAUAUCUGUUGAUUUUGCAACUGCCAACAAAAACUGCGGCGUUUUGAGCGGUGUUAUUGGACUCUGGGUUCCACCUCUGCACGUUUGCGAAUCCUCUCAUAUAACAAAGUGUAGAUAUUAUGUAAAGAAGAGAUUUGUUGUGCAUACAGCUUCAUUUAUUAUAACAGAACUUUGUGAGAUCGCGAUGAAGUAGCCUGAGGGCUGUUCACAUAUCACGUCUUUGGCGUGCUCAAGUUUGUUUUUUCAAAUGUAGGCGCACGGCAAGCGCACUUAAAACAGAAGCGUUUUCAGGUGCAGAGAUGAAAAAUUCUCAACUUUUCAGAAUGCAGCAAGCUCACUGCAGGUCAUGUAGAACAAGAACCAACCAAAAAUAGUUUUGUCCUUACUGUAUAGCCUAACAUUGAAAGCUCAGCUGAACAGUUGAUCAUAGCUGUACAGGGCGGGUUUUUAUUUAUCAUGUCCAUAAAUAUAUCUAGUAGUAGAGCUAACGCAAGGGCUAGAAAUCUAUCCUUUGCUGAUACUUCUACAUCUUCAACAUAGAGAACGUAGUUCAUGCUUGCAUAGCAACGACAACGCUUUGGAAAGAAAGCAUCGUGGCCGUGCUUUCCACGCGUUUUUAGACGCGAUAUGUGAACGGCCCCUAUAUGACAACUUUUUAGUGAUUAUAGAGGGAGCGUGCCAAAUCCCUUAUAGCCUGCAGUAUGCUUAUUUUUCUGUUCAAAUUAACAGUGGUUUGUGAACAUAGACGCCGUAAUAAAAAAAAAUAUCUAUCAGGAGUGUUUAUUCUGGGUUGUGUUGUGACGACACAUAAAUUCAAACUAUUACAAGGGAAUUUAUUAUUUUUUUUAAAGGGGAAGCGCAUCUCCUCAGCCUUCCCUUAAACCAAUAAACAAAACCUCCAGUCUUUCACAUGUAGGCUAUCUCAAAGAUCGAGUUUAAUUGUGAGUGUGAAGUAGGGGGCGGCACGACGGUGUUUUGCCUAGAGCGGCAGUUGCGCUUACACCGGCCCUGAGAACAUCUGUCAUUGUGGCCAUACCAUUAACACAAUUCAUGUCGUUUUCACACAAAAUGCAGUCAUUUAACAUGUUUCUAAAAGGCUUAAGUUUUCUUUUCAUAUAAGCUUACCCCAUACCAAAAUGGAUCUUUUUCAUCUGAUUUGCAUAUGCUUAAACACAGCAAAUUAGAAAUGAAGACCCAAUGAUCCAAUCUUUAAAUAUAGGAUAAAACAUAUACUUUUGGAACAACAACAGUACUGGAAAAAUAUGUGAAACUCUUACUGAAACAAUUGAUAAGCAUUUUUAAUUAGCAGAUCACUGAAAUAUUGAGAAAUAGCAGAUUCCAUUCUCAGUUGGAAGCAUAGUCAGGGGUUGAACUUCUUUCCAUUACAUGGACAUACACAGUAAAAUAGCCCACUGAGCAAAUUACGUCCAGAAGACGUCUUUUCAGGUC